AUGGCUGGUUAUUUUUAUUAUCGAAAAAAUUAUGGAAAGAAUUUCACAACCUGGGAAUGCGAACAUCGACGUUAUCGCCAGUGUUUAGCUAUAGUUAUUCGAUCAUCAGAUCCGAAUGUGAAAAAUAAUUUUCGAAUUUAUUCUAUUCAAGGUGAACAUACACAUGAACCAACACCAGAUAAUAUUGACGUAAGAAAAUUUAAACAACGUGUACGUGAACGAUGUAAAACAGAAGUUGCAAAUCCACGAACAAUUUAUGAAGACGAACUGAAGAAAGGAAAAUAUUCGAGAGAAAUGUUAGCAGUUAUACCAACAUUUUACAAUAUGCGUGAGUAAACAAAUACUUCUUUCUCAGUUUCAUUUUCUUAAAGCAGACAGUAUAAACACUAAUCUGGUGACCAGUUGUCCUGGUACAAGCCGCUUUGGGCUGGAUAUAAUCCAAAAGGAAAAAAAAGUUAAUAAAUUUUAUCUCACGAGGGAACCGUUCGAAGUGAUUCAAAGCUUUUAAGCCGAUAUUUUGCCCAUAAGUAGAGUUCAAUGAGAUUAGAAAAAGCCCAAAAGGACAAGGGCCCAUGGGCCUUUCUUCUCGAGUU